AUGGCGGGCAACAAGAGGAUCAACAAAGAGAUCCAGAUUAUGAUGAGAGACAACGAUCUGAACAAAAACCAAUACUCCAUAGAAUUGGUGAACGACUCGAAGCAGCACCUGAUCGCCAAAAUCCUGGGCCCACCCGACACUCCCUUCCAGAGGGGGGUCUUCGGUAUAGACAUGAAAAUACCGGACAAAUACCCGUUUGAACCGCCGAUCUGUAAAUUUGUGACGAAGGUGUGGCACCCGAACAUCUCGUCGGCUACCGGCGCCAUAUGCCUGGAUAUACUGAAAGACAAAUGGGCGGCCGGUAUGAGACUCGAGAGUCUGAUCCUGUCGUUGCAGUCAUUCCUG